AUGGAUCCCAACAGCUCUGCUAGGGGCAAAAUCUGGAAAAAUAUUCCUAGUAUCAGGAUCACAAAAUCCUUCAUGCAGUUUGGGGUCUGGUGGGUUACGAGACAGGGAGCUUUCACCUUGGGUCCUACACUAGCAACAUCGGUAGCAGCAACAACAUCAGUAUCUUCAUCACUAAAAAAUGUUUUAUAUAAUUGUAAUUCACAUAUUGUCACCAAAAGUCCGUGUUUUCAAAUGAAUCUGUCAAACAAUACCACUGCCAUGCAUAAUUAUACAGGUGAAUUCGAAAUAGAAAUGGCCUAUUGGAUGAGCAGUGAUUGGGAAAAAUUUAUGUUCCGAAUUAAGUUAUCAGCAAAGGUUCUGAUAAUUUUUUUCGGUAUAACCACCAUUCUUGGAAAUACAGUAGUGUUGGUUGCCACUUGGAAGGAAAAAUGUCUUCAUCAACCUAGUAAAUAUUUCAUUGCUUAUUUGGCUGCAGCUGAUCUCUUGGUUGGUAUAUUUGUCGCACCAGUUACUGUCUAUCAACUUUAUCUUGACAGAUAUACAUCCGCAAUAUCCAUUCAUCUUUGUCGUUCCAUGGUGUGGAUGGACACUUUCGCGUUCACGAUAUCCAUUUCAACCCUGACGUUCAUCAGUUUCGACCGAUAUCUGAAAAUAGCCAAACCAUUUCGGUAUAGAUCGCAAAUGACAACAGCAACAUCGCUGAAAGUUAUUUUCAUGAUUGCUUUCAUUGCGAUUGCUCUUUCUACCUUCUCUGCCACGUCUUAUUCAGGAAGCUCCGGGUUCAUUGUAACUGAUUCCAUGAUGUGUCCGGCUGAUCGCAACAAAGAAAACAUUUUUUACGUUUGUUUGUCAGUUGGUGCCUUUUUCGUCCCUUCCACGGUGAUACUGAUAAUGUACGUUUCCAUUUUCCUUGUUGCUCGUAAGCGACGAGAGAUGCUACGAAAUGGAGUGCUGGGUCAGACAUUCCACAACCAGAAUAUGCGAAUAAGUACCAUUCGUCAGGAUCUAAAAGUUAUUCAAAUGUUGUUCAUUGUCGUGGGAAUGUUCAUAUUUUGCUGGGGUCCCUUCUUCAUUUGGGCGAUGUUGGAAAGUUUUUACCCAAUUUUUGCCGAUAACGACAAUAACUCGUUGAGCUACUGGUAUCGGAUGGAAAUACUCAUUGCUACAAUCCACACUCUUCCAUUCCUCAACAGUGUUAUUAAUCCAGUAAUUUACGCCUGGAUGGACCAAACAUACAGAAAAUCCUUUAAGCAUAUUUUCCAAAGAAAACGUACCCCAACGCCCAAGACAGUUGCUACCGAGCACAGUACACAUAUUUCUUCUGUGUAA